AAUAUUUCUAACAUAUAUACACAAAAAUUGUUGUUAAAUUAAUUUGCACAAGCUACAUCCUGCCAUUAAAUUUGUUUUGACAUUUUGUGAAUUGUCAGCUCCUAUCCCAAGGAAUUUCCAAAUAACAGAAACAUAUUGACAUGAGUUCUCCGAUUGUUACACGACGUGGAGCACAAAAGGCCAAAAUACAGACAAGAGCAAUGGUGAAAACAUUCGAUACCCGUAAGCCGAACGCCGCACUUCUCGAAGCGAAACGGAGAGCAAAAUUAUUAAAAAUGCAGGAACAAUCACAGCAAGAAAUUGUUGUCAAAGAUAUUUUUCAAAAUGCUGUUAAUGCUAAAGCAUUGGUACAAAAACCUACUGGAUUGGUCUAUGAUGAGUCCAUGUCACAACACCGCUGCUUAUGGGAUAGUAAACAUCCAGAGUGUCCAGAAAGGUUCAUACGCGUAUUGGAGCGAUGCAAAGAAUUGGAUUUGGUUGAUCGCUGCAAGCAAAUAGCAUCCCGUCCUGCUUCUAAAGAUGAAAUUAUGCUCUUACACAGUGAAGAACAUUAUAAACUGUUGGAAAAAACUUCCGGCGUAGUAGAUGACGAGAAAAUGGAAGAUUUAAGCUCACAAUAUGACUCAAUUUACAUUCAUCCGUCCACAUUCGAAUUAGCAUUACUUUCGGUUGGCUCAACAAUUGAUUUAAUUGAAAACGUAGUAAAUGGCGCUGUACAAAAUGGUAUGGCAAUUAUACGACCUCCUGGACAUCAUGCAAUGAAAGCUGAAUUUAAUGGAUAUUGUUUUUUCAACAAUGUUGCAAUUGCCACACAAUAUGCCUUAGAUGUGUUGAAAUUAAAUAAAAUAAUGAUAAUUGACUGGGAUGUACAUCAUGGUCAGGGAACACAGAGAUUUUUCUAUCACGAUCCAAGAGUACUUUACUUUUCAAUACAUCGUUUUGAACAUGGUACAUAUUGGCCUAACUUAAAAGAGUCUGAUUUUGAUGCAAUUGGGCAUGGUGCAGGUAUGGGUUAUAACUUUAAUGUACCAUUGAAUAAAACUGGCAUGGGCAAUGGCGAUUAUUUGGCAAUUUUUCAACAAAUAUUGGUACCUGUUGCAAUGGAAUAUCAACCAGAAUUGAUAAUUAUAUCUGCUGGAUAUGAUGCUGCACUUGGUUGUCCGGAAGGUGAAAUGGAAGUAACACCUGCAUGUUAUGCGCAUCUUUUAAAUACAUUAUCAAAAUUGGCUCAAUCUCGUCUUGCUGUGAUACUGGAAGGUGGAUAUUGUCUUGAAUCCUUAGCUGAAGGCGCAGCUUUGACUUUGCGCACUUUACUUGGUGAUCCGUGUCCUGUUUUAGUAGAAAAAUUAGAUCCACCUUCUGAAAUAAUACAAGAAACAAUUUUAAAUUGCAUUUAUGCACACCGUCCGUAUUGGAGGUGUCUGCAAGCACAGUCAACAUAUACUGUUGAAGAGCUUAAUAAUGUAAAUCCACAAAAUAAUUUACAUAAAAUAAGUCGAGUCUUUGUGGGCGGACCACCUUUGCCGGAACGUUUUCCUACAAGAGGUACUGCGCCAGUACAAAAACUUGAAGAUAUACUACGAAUUCAACAGCGACUGCAGUGGCUUAAAGCAGAAACAAAGCUUUUUACGCCGAAGAUAAAAGUGUGUUACGUUUAUGAUGAAAUGAUGAUGCAGCAUACAAAUACUUUUGAGCAAGGACAUCCUGAACAACCAGAGCGCAUUAGGAAGAUAUAUGAAAUGCAUAUGGACUUCAAUUUAAUUGAUCGUAUGACACAUAUGCCAUCUCGCCACGCUACAACCGAUGAAAUUUGCCUUGCACAUACCCGAUCACAUGUUAAUUUCAUUCGACGUAUUGGUGAAAAAGAUGAAUUGCAAACCAUGGGUUCAAAAUACAAUUCAGUAUACUUCCAUCCUAAAACGUUUGAAUGUGCCACUUUGGCAGCUGGUUCUGUUCUCAGCACUGUUGACAAAGUACUUAAAGGAGAGGCUCGCAGUGGUGUGUGCAUUGUACGCCCACCUGGACAUCAUGCUGAGUCAGAUGUACCGCACGGAUUUUGCAUUUUUAAUAAUGUAGCAAUAGCAGCGCAAUACGCAAUAAGGGAUCAUGGCCUUAAACGUGUACUCAUUGUAGAUUGGGAUGUACAUCAUGGUAAUGGCACUCAACAUAUAUUUGAAUCAAAUCCCAAAGUGUUGUAUAUGAGCGUACAUCGUUAUGACAAUGCGUCGUUCUUUCCGAAGAGUAAAGAUGCUGAUUAUGAUGUAGUUGGCAAAGGUGCAGGAAUAGGCUUCAAUGUAAAUAUACCUUGGAAUAAGAAAGGCAUGGGUGAUUUGGAAUAUGUUAUGGCUUUUCAACAAAUAAUAAUGCCAAUUGCUUAUGAAUUUAAUCCUGAAUUAGUGCUAAUAUCCGCUGGGUUUGAUGCUGCUAUUGGUGAUCCUUUAGGUGGUUGUAAAGUAACGCCAGAAGCAUAUGGACUUUUUACGCAUUGGUUAUCGGCGUUAGCAAAUGGUCGUUUAAUUAUUUGUCUUGAAGGUGGCUAUAAUGUCAAUUCUAUAUCAUAUGCAAUGACUAUGUGUACAAAAUCAUUACUUGGUGAUCCUAUACCACCUGUGCAAUUCAAUGGCAAUAUCACCCGUCCACCAACUGUUGCUUAUUUAAAUUGCGUUGAAACUUUACAAAAUUGUAUAAACGUUCAAAAACGUUAUUGGAAAUGUCUACAAUUCAAUAAAAAAUUACCGCAAUGUUCUGGUGAAAACAACAAUGAGGAUUUUCUUGCUGCUACUAUGAAAAAUUUAGAUAUCACGACGGAUGAUAUGCAAGGAGCUGUUGGUGGCUUAGAUGCAAUCGUUAUGCAUGAAACACUUGAAGGAAGUGGUAUUAAGCCGAAGGUAAAAGAUAAAACUUUAACAGAAUUUAUUAGCGAGAAUUUAGAGGCUUUAGAGAAUAAUGAAUGUUUUGCUGUCGUUCCAUUAAAAACAUGUCCACAUUGUAUACGAUUACGUCCUGAGGAAGCGCCUAAAAGAAUAAAUACAAAUACAGCAUGUAAACAAUGUGAAUCAACUGCCGAGAACUGGAUAUGUUUAACUUGUUUUGAAGUACAUUGCGGUCGUUAUGUCAAUGAGCAUAUGAUGCAGCAUAGUGUUUCUACAGAUCACCCAAUGGUUUUAAGUUUUAGUGAUUUGUCAGUUUGGUGCUAUCCAUGCUCAGCUUAUAUUGACAAUAAUCAACUUUUUGUAUACAAAAAUUUAGCGCAUCGAGAUAAAUUUAAUGAAGACAUGGUUUGGUGUUACCAUGAUAGAGCGACUGAUAAUGAAAACAAUGACCAACUUGACAUUUAUUUACAUAUCCAAGAAAAUAACUGACAAUUACUUCCAUUGCUGGAGGCAAUAAAAAACUACAUAUGCAAUUUAUUUCCACCAUUACGUUAUGUUUUUCAUUUUUUUAUAAAUAUUCUUCGGCCCUUGAUUGAGAGCUUAUAUAUAAAAUUAUUACA